AUGGACGGACAUGCCAGUCACACUCUGUAUAUCUGGCCGCAAGGAUUCUAUCCUCGUCGAGUGGUCUACUAUCUCAUCAUCAAAGGACUGGCUACUCCCGCCGGAAUAUUCCAGGGCAAGAGUGCAACAGCGUCUCUCAAGCUGAGCCUUAUAGCCUACAAUCCUGAUACCAAAACUCUCGAUUCUAUCGAUGUCGAUGAUCCCAAGCCUGCCGACAAGACUAUCCCAUGCAUGCGCAUCGUCGACUCCAGCAAGGGCACAACACACUGGAUACAUGAAAGCACCGCUAUUCCAGCUUACCUAGAGGACGCGUAUACAGAACUUCCGCCUCUUCAAAGCAGCGAUAUCGUUAACAGAGCCAUCAUGGGUGACAUCAUUCUUGCCAUCAACGCCGCGCAAGAUGACUUUAGCUAUUACCUUCGCCAUGCGUCGCCGAUAGCCUGCAAAUUCUCUGGACUGGAUGAAAAAGAUAGAGACUACAGAGCUGCGCUCAACGCCAAAGCGCAAAUGAACAAAGGGCUUCGGAAAGUGCAGAAUUGGGCUGCAGAAUCACUUCGCGAGAGUGGAUGGCUGACUCCUGGAAUCACAACACCAGGUCUAGCGGAUGUGUGCCUCGCAGGAUGGGUCCGUUAUAUCUGGUUAGCGUACGAGUUUGAUGUGCUUGAAGGGGAGAAUCUAGAUGGAUUGAGAGAAUGGUGGACUCGUUUUCAAAACCUGCCUUGGUGGAAGGAGAUGGAGGAGAUUGAGGAGGUUCACCCUAAAGACUUGAGAUUUGGAAGAAAAAGCCUAGAUGUUUGA